AUGAAGGGUUUAAUUUUUGCCUCUGCUUUGCUCCUCGCCGUCGUUUCGGCCAAGUACUCGGGAUUAAAUAUACAAUUAGAAGGAAAUUUAUUAGAAUGCAUGCUUGACAACUACGGCAAGGAUCCUCGUGAUCUGACACUCGACCACAACACGACACAGAUAAUGUCUUGCCUCUUUGUUUGCGAUUUUGCACUCAAGGGAGCAAUUUACCGCAACGGCACGCUGAAUAUACCAUUUCUCGAGAAGCUGUACCAAAAAGAAAUCGAGACCAGCGAUUUUCCCGUUAUCGAGGUUUUCACCGAGACUUACUAUCAGUGCAAAAAAGAAUAUCCAGAUCACUGCGAUUGGUUUUUCUGCCUGGACAGUAGAUUGCCGCCAGUAAGUACUGAAUCUUUGGAAAUUCACUUAAAAAAUGAAAAACCAUUAGAAAAUAUAAAUACCUCGAAGAAUUAUGAAGAAUAUAAGACCUUGGGAGGCAGAAUAUACCAAUUAUUGACCGACAAAUAUAAUCCACUGAACAAAAUUAAUUAG